AUGAUCUCAGCUAGAAGCUUCAGCACCGUUUCCAGAAUCGCAUUCCAAAAAGAAUCUGUCGCCGGCAGUGCAUUCAAUGCUGCUAAGAACUCCCGUAAUUUAGGUCUCAAAUGGAAACCUACCUACGGUAACUCUUUCAGAACUUUUGCUGAAUACAGAUUGAAGGCUGCCAACCAAUCUCCUUUAGCUAUCAAGUUGAAGGCGAAGAAAUAA